CGAUUUGUUUACUCCCAAGUCCCGAAGGUAGCGCUUAUACGAUGUACGCGGAAGUAUAACAUCCGGUCAGUCAAAAACACCGUGGCUAUACAACGUUUUGCCACCGGGACGUCUACUGAAUCGAGGAAGACAAACUUCCUCCAGCUUUGAAAUGCGCCCCAUUCGCGUACAGUCAUCUGGAGCACACAGUUCACAGCACUCCAACGCCCCUGUUUCAUCCUUCGUAUAUAAGCAAGGGAGGAUGGUUAUCUACUCACUGGCAUUCAAUGACUCGUCCGACUUCAUACCUCCUCACCUUCGCAACGCUCACUAUCUCUGUCCUCGCGCAAAGUUCGGGCCUGCAGAACGGUUUGUCCGAUGCUCACAUAGCGGCUGUUGUUCCUGGGGGCGCCCCAUAUGAUGCUGCGAGAAGGGCUUACAACUUGCGUUACGAUUUUUCUCCAGUAGCAGUCACAUACCCUUCAACGGCAGAGCAGGUAGCCACCAUCGUUGCUCUGGGAAAUUCAGAAAACAUACAGGUCGUUGCAAGGAGUGGGGGUCACAACUACAUUGCUAAUGGUCUGGGAGGCAAGAAUGGCUCCCUCGUCAUUGACCUGAGCAACAUGACCAGGGUGGACGUCGACGUGUCUUCGGGUACUGCAACAAUAGAAACGGGUAAUAGGCUGGGAGAUGUCGCGUUUGCACUGAAUAACCAGGGUAGGGCCCUUCCCCACGGUAGUUGUCCUUAUGUAGGCAUUGGUGGUCACGUCUCUGGCGGAGGAUUUGGAUUCACGUCUCGAAUGUGGGGUCUGACCCUCGAUGCAGUUCAAUCAAUGAGUGUGGUGUUGGCUAAUGGAACGAUUGUGACCGCGUCAAGCAACUCCAACGCAGAUCUCUUCUGGGCAAUGAGAGGUGCCGCAUCCUCGUUUGGUAUCAUAACCUCUAUCGAUGUCAAGACGUUCCCCACGCCGCCUUUUGCAACUAUCUAUGAAUACGACUGGCAACUGGAUUAUUCUUCCGCUGCUACCGCUCUAGCCAAAUUCCAAGAGUACGUGAUGACAGAUAUUCCACCUCAACUUGGAGCCGAAAUCAAUCUCGGGAGGGGUAACUCCGAGGGGAGUGUCUACUUUGGUUUGACCGGUGGAUGGUAUGGCGAGUCCACAGACGCUCUUCAGAGCGCGUUGGCGCCGUUCUUGGCAUCGAUGCCUUCGGCAAAUGUGAGGUACUCUGGCAAUGGGACCUACAUCAGCACUAUCGAAGCUUUGGGUAACGGCAUUGUCAACACUAACGUCGCGGGCCCUGAUACAACUGAUACUUUCUAUGCCAAAUCGCUGGUGACGCCGGAGGGUCAGCCGAUGACUUUGGAAGCGUUGGAAGCGUUCAUGAAGUACCUGGCUUAUGAUGGCUAUGCGUCGAAUACGGCUUGGUUCAUGCAAUUCGAGCUGUACGGCGGAGGAAAUUCAUUUAUCAACUCCAUAAAUGUAGACUCGACAGCGUUUGCAACAAGGAGUGCAUUAUUCACGGUCCAGUUAUAUGCCUCGUCGAGUAAUUACGAGCCGCCAUAUCCUGAGGACGGUUUCACUUUCUUGGAUGGUGCCGUUGAAGCUAUCACUUCAACCAUGGGUGAUGAUUGGGAUUACGGAGCCUAUGUAAACUAUCCCGACGACCGUCUCAAUAAUGCACAAAGUCUAUAUUACAAAUCACAUUAUACCAGGCUAGAGAGUCUGAAAAGUCAAUAUGAUCCAACAGGCGUGUUUGUCUUCCCCAUAAGCGUCCAGUAAGGACGCGAUGCGAAGGGCGUUUUCAUAUCAUAUCAUUCUGCUAAUGAUUCACGUAUAUAAUGAUUAUUCACAAUCUCAAUGACUACAAGAUAGCACUAAUUCUAACUAAAUAAUAACCGUGACUUGAUGUGUAGAUAUAUCUGCUAUACAC